UCCUUGUCAGAUUCUAGUGUCUCUCAUUAUUUUCAUUUAUUUUUAUCAUUUGGGUUUUUUUUCAUAAAAGAUUGGAGUUUCUCCAACUUUAUACAAAAGAAUCCUCAAAUAUUUACUUAACAGGAAAUUCUUGUUAGAAAGAAAAGAGAGAGGCAGAGAUCCACAAGAGCUGUUUAGCCAUCCAUCCAUGGCUGCGAAAAUGGGAUCUUUUAGGCACUCAUUAGCCGAGAAAAGAGAGAGACUUCUUUCAACAACUAAGGGUUACUCAGAGAUUGUCUUUCCUAAUAUUCAAGAAGACCUAGAUGAACCCACCAGAAAUUGUUGCAGUUAUAGAUUCUUGUCUGAUAAGAUUGUUGGACUUUGUAAACAAGUUCAAGAUGUUGCUUAUAGAGGAUAUCAAAUGGGAAAAUCUGAUCCGAGAAAGAUUGUUUUCUCUGCUAAAAUGGGUUUGGCUUUGAUGCUCAUUUCUUUGUUGAUUUUCUUGAAGGAGCCAAUUAAAGAGCUCAGUCAACACUUUGUUUGGGCUAUUCUUACUGUUGUGGUUGUCUUUGAAUUCAGCAUAGGAGCUACCCUUAGCAAAGGAUUGAACCGAGGGAUUGGGACAUUAUCAGCUGGAGGGCUUGCUCUGGCAAUGGCAGAGUUGUCUCAUUUGGCUGGAGCAUGGGAGGAAGCUGUUAUUAUUCUUAGCAUCUUCUCAGUAGGGUUUUGUGCAACUUAUGCAAAACUGUACCCGUCAAUGAAGCCUUAUGAAUAUGGAUUUCGAGUCUUCUUGUUGACAUAUUGUUUCAUAAUGGUAUCUGGGUAUAGGACUGGGGAAUUUAACCAUACAGCUAUAUCACGAUUUUUGCUUAUUGCACUGGGUGCUGGGGUUGGCUUGGCAGUAAAUAUAUUGAUUUAUCCCAUCUGGGCGGGGGAGGAUUUACAUGCCUUGGUGGCAAAAAAUUUCACGAGAGUGGCAAAUUCAUUAGAAGGUUGUGUUAAUGAGUACCUUAACUGCACAGAAUAUGAAAGGAUCCCCUCAAAAAUCCUUACAUACCAAGCUUCUGAUGACCCACUCUAUAGUGGCUACAGAGCAGCUGUAGAAUCCACAAGCCAAGAGGAUGCUCUGAUGGGUUUUGCUAUUUGGGAGCCUCCUCAUGGUCCUUACAAGUCAUUUAACUAUCCAUGGAAAAAUUAUGUCAAAGUAAGCGGUGCAUUGAGGCAUUGUGCUUUCACAGUCAUGGCGCUACACGGAUGUAUACUUUCUGAAAUUCAGGCUCCAGCAGAACGAAGACAGGUCUUUCAUCAUGAGCUGAAACGAGUAGGUGCUGAAGGAGCAAAAGUGUUGCUUGAACUCGGCAACAAAGUAAAAAGGAUGGAGAAACUAGGUCCAGUAGACAUACUAUAUGAAGUACACGAGGCUGCAGAAGAGUUGCAAAAUAAAGUGGAUCGAAAAUCAUACCUUCUUGUCAAUGCAGAGUCCUGGGAAAUUGGGAAUAGGGAAAAGGAGCAGGGAGAGCCCCAAGACUUGCUGACAUUUGACGAUGACGAAAAUAAAGUCCUGGAAUACAAGUCCCGUAGUGAAGCUGUCCUUGAUCUCAGAUCAAUGACUAUACCAAAAGGUUGGGAUAGGCAUGCCCUCAGCAUGGACGUCAAGCCCACCUUCCAUCCAACUAUUUCCUCUGAUGAUGUGUUCAAGAAACAAAUAUCUUGGCCUGCACGAAAUUCAUUUACCGCUGACACACUGCCACAAGUUGAAGAAUCAAAAACUUAUGAAAGUGCUAGUGCGUUGUCUUUAGCAACAUUUACAUCCCUUUUAAUUGAAUUUGUUGCAAGGCUGCAAAAUCUUGUAGACUCAUUCGAAGAACUAAGCGAGAAAGCAAAUUUCAAAGAACCUAUUGAGCUGCCAAUAGCUACAGAGGCUAAUGGAUUUUGGAUCAGAUUGCAUAGAAGUUUGAAGUUCUGGAAAUAAUACACAAGUGUUGAAGUGGGGAAAGAUCUUGAAGGACAGGAAAUCUCGUGAAGGCUCAGCUAACUGUUGGAUGACAAGGUCCAGUCUUACAAUAUUUGGAAUUUGCAUCAGUUUUGAAAUGUGUUAAAUAGAACUCAUUUCAUGUCGGCUGCUGACAGAACCAGCAUACUGCUUCCUAAGGCGGCUUUCCGAGAGAAGCUGGAAUGCAGAAAACUAUGCAUACCAACCCCCUCUCAGAUGCCAUAUGAGAAGGGGUUGGUAUGGAUAGGCAGUGGCUUGCUUAUGGGGUAACGUAACUGUAAUGUAUAUUACCCUGUAAAAGAAAAUUAUCAAUGAUGUAUUAUUGAACUCAACAUAUUGAUGAUGCACAAAAAAUUUGGCA